AGCGCCCCCGCCGCCCGCCCGCUCCCGCGGGGCGCCGCGCCCCCGGCCAUGGCGAAGAAGAGCGCCGAGAACGGCAUCUACAGCGUGUCCGGCGACGAGAAGAAGGGCCCCCUGAUCGCGCCCGGGCCCGACGGGGCCCCGGCCAAGGCCGACGGCCCCGCGGGCCUGGGGGCGCCCGGCGGCCACCUGGCCGUGCCGCCGCGCGAGACCUGGACGCGCCAGAUGGACUUCAUCAUGUCCUGCGUGGGCUUCGCCGUGGGCCUGGGCAACGUGUGGCGCUUCCCCUACCUGUGCUACAAGAACGGCGGAGGUGUGUUCCUUAUUCCCUACAUCCUGAUCGCCCUGGUCGGAGGAAUCCCCAUUUUCUUCUUGGAGAUCUCACUGGGCCAGUUCAUGAAGGCCGGCAGCAUCAACGUGUGGAAUAUCUGCCCCCUGUUCAAAGGCCUGGGCUACGCCUCCAUGGUGAUCGUCUUCUAUUGCAACACCUACUACAUCAUGGUGCUGGCCUGGGGCUUCUAUUAUUUGGUGAAGUCCUUCACCACCACGCUGCCCUGGGCCACGUGUGGCCAUACCUGGAACACUCCCGACUGUGUGGAGAUCUUCCGCCACGAAGACUGUGCCAAUGCCACCCUGGCCAACCUCACUUGUGACCAGCUUGCUGACCGCCGGUCCCCUGUCAUCGAGUUCUGGGAGAACAAAGUCUUGCGGCUCUCCGGGGGGCUGGAGGUUCCGGGGGCCCUCAACUGGGAGGUGACCCUGUGUCUGCUGGCCUGCUGGGUGCUGGUCUACUUCUGUGUCUGGAAGGGGGUCAAGUCGACAGGAAAGGUCGUGUAUUUCACCGCUACAUUCCCCUACGUGGUCCUUGUCGUGCUGCUGGUGCGUGGGGUGCUGCUGCCUGGAGCCUUGGACGGCAUCAUCUACUAUCUCAAGCCUGACUGGUCGAAGCUGGCGUCCCCUCAGGUAUGGAUAGAUGCCGGGACCCAGAUUUUCUUUUCUUACGCCAUUGGCCUGGGGGCCCUCACGGCCCUGGGCAGCUACAAUCGCUUCAACAACAACUGCUACAAGGAUGCCAUCAUCCUCGCACUCAUCAACAGCGGGACCAGCUUCUUUGCUGGCUUCGUGGUCUUCUCCAUCCUGGGCUUCAUGGCCACAGAGCAGGGCGUGCAUAUCUCCAAGGUGGCGGAAUCAGGGCCUGGCCUGGCUUUCAUCGCCUAUCCCCGGGCCGUCACGCUGAUGCCUGUGGCCCCGCUCUGGGCUGCCCUGUUCUUCUUCAUGCUGCUGCUGCUCGGCCUCGACAGCCAGUUUGUAGGUGUGGAAGGCUUCAUCACCGGCCUGCUGGACCUCCUCCCGGCCUCCUACUACUUCCGUUUCCAAAGAGAGAUCUCCGUGGCCCUCUGCUGCGCCCUCUGCUUUAUCAUUGACCUCUCCAUGGUGACCGAUGGCGGGAUGUACGUCUUCCAGCUGUUUGACUACUACUCAGCCAGCGGCACCACCCUGCUCUGGCAGGCCUUCUGGGAGUGCGUGGUGAUCGCCUGGGUGUACGGAGCCGACCGCUUCAUGGACGACGUGGCCUGCAUGAUCGGGUACCGACCUUGCCCCUGGAUGAAAUGGUGCUGGUCUUUCUUCACCCCGCUGGUGUGCAUGGGCAUCUUCAUCUUCAACACGGUGUACUACAAGCCGCUGGUCUACAACAACACCUACGUGUACCCAUGGUGGGGCGAGGCCGUGGGCUGGGGCUUCGCGCUCUCCUCCAUGCUGUGUGUGCCCCUCCACCUCCUGGGCUGCCUCCUCAAAGCCAAGGGGACCGUGGCUGAGCGCUGGCAGCACCUGACGCAGCCCGUAUGGGGUCUCCACCACUUGGAGUACAGAGCUCAGGACUCGGAUGUCAGGGGCCUGACCACCCUGACCCCAGUGUCUGAGAGCAGCAAGGUGGUGGUGGUGGAGAGCGUCAUGUGACAGGCAAAACAGAAGCUUCAAGCUGUCGAGUGUGUGAGUCUGUCGUGUGGGUAUGCACGUGUAGUCCCUGGCCCCAGACUGGGGUGGAAAAGUGCAUGGCGGGGACCUCAGUGGGUGUCCGCACACUCCCCGCUCUGCCCACAGGUCGGCAGGGUGAGCCGACGCAGGGCUCUGCGGGGGGAUCCGGACCUGGGGCCGCUCACCCGGCAUGCUCAGGCUGGCCCACACCCUGCGCCCUGGGCCGGGCGCUCCCGCGGCAGGGAUCUGAGGUGGGCCUCCGUCCCCCGCCCCAGGGAUCCUGCGCGCGGCUCCCACCUGCGAGCUUAAGGCUGACGCGCUUUCCACGUCUCAAGUCCUCCGCGUAGCAGCUUCACUUAACCCACGUCUGUGUCACGUCCGAUCCCGAGACAGCCGAGGGGGCCCUAGAAAGGCUUCCCUCACACCCUGACGUGGGCUGGAGGGGUGGGGGGCGGGUGAGGGCGGCGGUCCAGCGGGGACACCCUUACUGUGCUCAAAAGCCGCUGCAAACAUAGCAAUAAA